AGCACUUUACAUUUGGCUAUGCCGCUGCCCGUAAGACUAGGAAUGAGGAUGCCGAGAGUAGUAACAAACCAAAGGGAAAAGUUUGAGAGUGAUGAGUUUUUUAGGAAAUUAAAUAGGGUAUCCGAAAUCAAGUACACAGGAUUUAGAGAUCGAAAUAUUGAUGAAAGGAGGCAAAAGUUCCGAGAAGGAUGUCUUCAGGGUUACACCGAAAUUUCCUAUCUUCAAUGCGGUAUGAAUUUAGCAUUAUCCCUAGUUUCCAAUUCAUGGAGUGAGGACUCUAGUCAAAGACUGGUUACAGAAGAGUUUGUUGAUUUUCGUAGAGAGCCAAAUAAGGUUCACCUUAAAUCUCAGUUUAUCCUUAAUGGUGUUUGUGUAAUAUUUAUUGGAAGUAUCAAUUUGGAAAGACUCGAUGGAACUGGAUGUAUACAGUUCGAUACGGAAAGAGCUCAAAUUGAGAAUCAAUUGUUAAAUCAAGAGCUUAGUCAAUACAGAAGAACGACUGAAACAUUUGAAGAGAGAUAUCGGCAGGAGCAAGAGAGAAGAACCGAGGAAGCAGAGGUUGUUCAAGCUUUACUUGAUAUAUCACACGAUUUUCAGAUUCCUUGAAAAAAGUUGAUAUCGUUCUGUCGUAAGAUGUUUAGACUAGACAAUAUAGAAGCUCGAUAUAUUUCUUUGCGCGCUGGACGCGGCAACAGGAAGAGGCGUCAUUCAGAAUUACUGCGUGCCAUUCGAACGAGGAAGGAAAAGUUAUUGGCGGCCGGACCGAUGUUGUUUAAAUCAGUAAAUCAGUUGUUGUUAUUGUUAUUGUUGUUAUUGUUCAAUUUUUUGCCUUCUAUAAGUCUUAUUUCUCCGUAAACAUCUGUUACCGUAGUAUUAUUUUUGUUUUCGCUUACUAAAAUACCAUAAGGUAAUAUGUCCCUGCAUGCUCUUUUCUGUGCUAUUUGUACACGAAAAUUUUAAACGACAAAGUUUGAAAGACCAAUUAGGAAAAUGUUGAAUUUAACCCGUCAAAAAUCUCCUAGAUGUUAGGUCUCGAUGACAAUGAAUAUCAAAAUGUUUUACAGGCCAAUAUCUCUCACAAAACAACCAGAUAGAGUGUCAUUUUAAAAUGCUCUAUUCAUUAACAAAAAAAAGUCUUCAUACUACAAAUUCAAAUACUUAUUAAUAUUAUACCUUAUAUUAAAAUUUAACGGACCUUUCCUCACUGACUUUCAUUAUUUAAGCGCUUUUGAACCAUAUUUUAGGAAGAAUUAACCAAUUGCAAUCAAUUAAUAAAUCGUUAUUUAUUUUAAUUUAUGCAUAUUGUCAAGAAUUUAAUUGUGAAAAAAUUAUGAAGAUAAUUAACUGAUAGUAAUGAUAAUAUUAUUAACAAUUUAUCUAUCUUUCUUUCGU